AUGUCGACGCCGGUUUCCACCCGUGGACAGACAGACGCUGCCGAGUCACAGCACGUUCUGGCAUGCGUGCUGUGUCAACAUCACAAGAUUAACUUGCUUCGCCUGCACAACAUCAAGUUCGAUCCUCUCCACACACCACCUGCAGAGCACAGGUCUCCCAGUGAGGACGCUGCCCAGUCAACCAUAGGCUCCAAGGCGGUUGAGGAAAACGAUACUAGAGAUGAUGAAAAUGAUGCCCGCUCCAUGCACGACAAUGAUGACCUACGUCAAGGGGUGAUCAAGAAGGCAUGGAAUCACAUAUUCCAAGGCCAAGGCAACAACCACCUUCUAUUAGGUUUGACUAUAGGGAACGUUGAUCUCUCUGCAUCACACCCAAGCCAGGUACAAAUCUUCAAACUCUGGCGGAUUUAUUUGGACAAUGUCAAUCCUCUUCUCAAAGUCACGCACGCACCAACCCUCCAGACACACAUCAUCGACGCUGCUAGCAACAUUUCCAGUCUUAGUCCCACACUGGAGGCAUUGAUAUUCAGUAUCUACCGUGUCUCAAUCCUAAGCCUCGCCGACAAUGAGUGCACUGCCGUAUUUGGUGUCCCAAAGAAGGAUCUGCUCACAGGCUAUCAGUUCGCAUGCCGACAAGCUCUGCAGAACCGCGAUUUUUUGCAAUCCAGUAACCGUGACUGCUUGACCGCGUUGUAUCUCUAUCUAGUAUCUAUCCGGGCCGACACGGACCCCGCGUCUCUGUCCUCAUUGCUCAGCGUUGCCAUACGGAUCGCUCAAAGAAUGGGUAUUCACGACGAGACUAUGUAUGGUGAAUGCCCGGCUCUAGAGGCGCAAAUGCGUCGGCGAUUGUGGUGGUCUCUUAUCAUCUUUGACAACCGCAUUUGCGAGAUGUUCGAUAACAAGACUGCGGCACUGGGCCCUACCUGGGACUGCAGCAUUCCAUUAAACUUGAAUGACUUUGAGCUUCAGCCAGAGAUGAAGACCGCGCCAGCAACGAACAACAGACCCACUGAGAUGCUUUUUGCCGUUAUACUCAGCGAGCUGGCCGACUUCGUCCGCCACAGUGCCUUUCACCUCGACUUCACCAAUCCGUCAUUGAAAAAGAUUGCUGGUCAGCACAGCAUCGCCGAGGAGGCCGACAGGCUGAUUGCAUUGGAGAAGACGUUGGAGGAAAUGUAUCUUGCAUUCUGCACCUCAGAGAGCCCACUUCACUCUAUGACCAUCUGUACAACGCGGGGCCACCUGGCAAAAUAUCGAUUCCUGCAGCACUGGAGACAUUCAAUGGCUUCCGUGCAACAGACGGCUUACAUUCACUUCCUGCAUGAUUUGAAGGAGCGGCCUGUUGGGGCCGACGCAGACCAGGCCUGGGAGGUCAUGAGCAAGAAUUAUGAGGUUCGCAUCCAGGGUGCGAAGCAAACCGAUAGGCCCUUUUUUACUAUUUUCUCUAGAAUUGUCUUCCAGGUCUGGGAGGCGCGAGAGAAUCAAGCCAGACGACGAGACAGGCCACUGGUGCUACCACGUAUCGUGUCCAAUAUCCGAAAUAAAGCGAUCCAAGUGACGGCCGAUUUCUCAUCUGAUGGUAACACAAACCAGCAUGGCGGAUGCUUGGAUGCCAGCUUGGACGAUGUGUCGACAAUGCCCACGCAGAUGGACUUUAUUGCCCCUUGUAUGGCCUACGGCACUAGAGGGCAGUGA